AUGAAUCAUGGCGGCGGUGGACAGAACCCCUAUUCGGAUCCCCAAUCAAAUGACCUUAUACACUAUCAGUCGAACACUCUUCUCACCCUCGAGCAGUAUAACGCGAACAUGGCACGCAUACAAGAAGCCCGAGAGCGACUUGAGCAAAUGGAAAAUCAGCAGACGCAGGGUAUACUGAGGUACUACGAGCGGAAACAGCUCCAAGAGGCCGUAGAGCGGGGCAAGCUCGCAGAAGAACGAAUAAGAGCAUUGGAGGCGGGCGAAAACCCCAGCUACUCUUUCGCGUCGGCACCCGUUGCGACAUCCUCGAGCUCGAACGAAGGAUUCUACCCACAAGCGCAAGUAGCGAACACGAAUGAGAUACCGUCUUCCGCGCGUAUUGUUGAGGUCUCCGGCUCGGCGAGCUCCCCACCUCUGGACCGUAUGAAUCAACGUCAACGGGCCUAUUCAAACGGCGGCGUUCAGCAGCAGGUCCCAGGUUCCGGCUACUUCAACUCUGGAUUCCAGAAUGUGGCGUACCAGAACGCACAACAAUACGUGAACAACAUGAACCCAGGUCCCAGCAGCGCGAUGUACUCCAACAUCCCACCCGCCUUCGUCGGCAGGCAAAACGUUCCACUGGCGUUCUCCGGUACUACAUCUCACCCUCAAUUCCAGCCCGCUAUUGGACGUCAGGCCUCGCAAACACAGCCUUCAUACACACCGUCUGCAUACACGCAAGCUGCUCAAGCGUAUAAUCAGCAAGGUCAGGCUCAGCAAGUUCAACAGGUUCAGCCAGUCCAGCACGCUCACGGUAAAUCUCCAACCUCAAAUUUCGUUGGCGAGGUCCCAAUAUUCGUUGUCGACCGACAAGUCAUCGACCGCGCAACCAUCUUCCUCCACUCUUGUUUCACAACCUCUUCAAACAACACCUACCGCUUUCCCUGUGCCUCCCAUGUCCUUGCCGUCGACUUCACAAACUUCCCGCCGCUCGACAGCACCCAUACCAUCUUCCACGAUACCAACACCUUCUCCAUUUACCCCUUUCACUUCACAACACCAUUCCGCUCAGGCAAGACCGCUCGCAUGUUUCACAACGCAGCCACCUUACCCGAUGCGACCCUUGCCCCUUCCGAAGACAUCCUCUCCCCGCACAGAUCCAACUCCACCGUCAACAGAAACCUCGGCGUCGAGCAGUGCUCAGACCUCUUCUGGCAGGCGAGAGUUGUGGACCCCAGACAAGGCGGACACGCGGCGUCUCGCCAUGGACAUCUUGCGUGCCCUAGGGCGGCCGAAGGGCCGGCCAGGAGAGCCUCUCGGGCCUAUGGCACCUGCGCCUACGACCCCAUCCGCACCUACGACUUCAUCUGCACCUACGACGUCGGCACCUAUCAGCUCUACCCCAGCCAAAUCUUCAACACCUUCCGUCCCUUCAACGCUGUUUGCAAGUCUUGCACCGUCCCCAUCCAUCAUGCCUGCGCCCCCUGCUCCAACUGGUCUUCUUAUGUCAUCUGUGCCUACUCCAGUGUCUGCGGGACCGUCUCCUUCCAAUUCAAUGCCCAUGAAACGGAAAGCUUCGCCGGAACUUCGACCCUCUACACCGUCAAAACGCGCGCGAACUGA